ACGUUUAGUCGAUGACACACCCUGACGCAUUCUCGGCGGUAUACCGCAUCCCGUUCUGUCUAGGGCGUCGCGGUUUCCUACUGAUUUAGAGACAAAACACCGACGGCAGCUAAGGUUAAACGCGCCGUUCUCCGUCAGUCUGUCCGUGUUGGUGCCAGUCGCUCGUAACUGAAACUCGCAACAUGGUGUUCGUUCGAAGAGGCCACUUCAAUUUCCCGGAACUUGACUACCAAGAGGCGUUCUCCCUGUUCGACAACCGAGGAGAUGGCAAGAUCAACAUCUCCCAGCUGGGCGACGUGCUGCGCGCCCUGGGUCAGAAUCCCACAGAGGCCGAGGUCAAGAAGUGCUGCCACCAACUGAGACCCGAUGAGCGGAUCAGCUUCGACGUUUUCCUGCCGAUCCUGCAGACCAUCAGCAAGAACCGAAGCACGGACACGGCCGAGGACUUCAUUGAGGGCCUGCGCCACUUCGACAAGGACGGCAACGGCUACAUCAGCUCAGCCGAGCUCAGGCACCUGCUCACCACCCUGGGUGAGAAACUGACAGACGAUGAAGUGGAGCAGCUGUUGGCUGGACAAGAAGACUCCCAAGGGAAUGUCCACUAUGAAGACUUUGUGAAGAUGGUGAUGAACGGCUGAGCUAAAAAAAGACCCCGGUGUUGCCAGAGGAGCAUGGGCCCACCAUUUUGUAGUCCACUGCAAAAGGCCCCUUGUGGAUUUGGGGGAGGGGGGGGGGGGGUUGCUUUUCAUUCCAAAAUUAAAAAUGAGGAUCAAUUUUUAAAUGCAGCUGCAGUGGCAGUUUUGUGGCUUUGGCAUAUUUACUGGGGCUUCCAGGGUUUCUAUUUAUAUAUGAGUGCUUCGGAAAUAAAAUUGUUUUUGAGAA